CACAAUAGGACUAUGACGUAAACAAUCAUGUUCUUUAUCAUAUUUCAUAUAUCAACGUUAAUCAUAUUUAAUAUAUAAAUGAUAAACAAUAAAAACAAAAAUGGUGGUUUGUAGUUUUUGAAAAGGACAGGGUUGAAGCGGCGAGGCCGAAUCCUCUUUAUUGGCAAAGUAUGUUAAACACAAUAGGACUUUGACGUAAACAAUCAUGUUCUUUAUCAUAUUUCAUAUAUCAAUGUUAAUCCAAUUUAAUAUAUGAAUUAUAAACAAUAAAAACAAAAAUGGUGGUUUUUAGUUUUUGAAAAGAACAGGGUUGAAGCGGUGGGGCAGAAUCCUCUUUAUUGGCAAAGUAUGAUCAACACAACAGGAGUUGCAGGUAAACAAUCAUGUUCUUUAUCAUAUUUCAAAUAUCAAUGUUAAUCAUAUUUAAUAUAUAACUGAUAAACAUAAAAACUAAAAUGGUGUUUUGUAGUUUUUGAAAAGAACCGGGUUGAAGCGGCGAGGCCGAAUCCUCUUUAUUGGCAAAGUAUGUUAAACACAAUACGACUUUGACGUAAACAAUCAUGUUCUUUAUCAUAUUUUAUACAUCAACGUUAAUCAUAUUUAAUAUGUAAAUGACAAACAUAAAAAACUAGAAUGGUGUGUCGUUUUUGAAAAGAACCGAGUUGAAGCGGCGAGGCCAAAUCCUCUUUAUUGGCAAAGUAUGUUAAACACAAUACGACUUUGACGUAAACAAUCAUGUUCUUUAUCAUAUUUUAUACAUCAACGUUAAUCAUAUUUAAUAUGUAAAUGACAAACAUAAAAAACUAGAAUGGUGUGUCGUUUUUGAAAAGAACCGAGUUGAAGCGGCGAGGCCAAAUCCUCUUUAUUGGCAAAGUAUGUUAAACACAAUACGACUUUGACGUAAACAAUCAUGUUCUUUAUCAUAUUUUAUACAUCAACGUUAAUCAUAUUUAAUAUGUAAAUGACAAACAUAAAAAACUAGAAUGGUGUGUCGUUUUUGAAAAGGACAGGGUUGAAGCGGCGAGGCCGAAUCCUCUUUAUUGGCAAAGUAUGUUAAACACAACAGGACUUUGACGUAAACAAUCAUGUCCUUUAUCAUACUUCAUAUAUCAAUGUUAAUCAUAUUUAAUAUAUAAAUGAUAAACAUAAACAACUAGAAUGGUGUGUCGUUUUUGAAAAGCACAGGGUUGAAGCGGCGAGGCCGAAUCCUCUUUAUUGGCAAAGUGAGACCUGCUCCAAACCUCGUCCCCCUUCCAGCCAUGGACGAGCUUCUGCUUGGCGGCGGCGGCGGCGAGGACGAGGCCCGCUCGGAACACAGCUCCUGUGAGGCGGGAGACGCCGACAGGAGCAUGGCGGACCGUCUGUUCGCCAAAGUGAGCGGCGGCGCCCGCAGGAGACUGCGGGACUUCGCCAGGAGGAACGGCCUCCUGAUCCUGUCGGUGGUGGCCGUGCUGAGCGGCUGCACGCUGGGCUUCAUGCUGAGGGGCACCCAGCUGUCCACGCAGGCAAAAAUCUACUUCUCCUUCCCGGGGGAACUUCUCAUGAGGAUGCUGAAGAUGCUCAUCCUGCCCCUCAUCACGUCCAGUCUGAUGUCGGGCCUGUCGUCCAUGGAGUCGAAGGCGUGCUGCCGCAUGGGCGUGCUGACCGUCACCUAUUACCUGUGGACCACCUUCAUCGCCGUGGUGGUGGGCAUCGUCUUGGUGGUCAUCAUCAAGCCCGGCGUCGGCACGGAGAUGGAGAGCAACCGGCUGGGGGGCGGGCCCGUUAUGACGUCGGCCGACGCCCUCCUUGACCUGAUCAGGAACAUGGUCCCGUCCAAUCUGAUCGAGGCCACGUUCCAGCAGUACAAAACGGACCUGGUGCCCAUCCUGAAGGUCCCGACCAGGACCAUCCAGCCCAACUUCGUGUACGUGGUGCCGGACGAGCGCGAGCCCAAAGGUCGCACGGUGUUCCUGGAGCUGACUCCGCCCCCCGAGGUCACGUACAAGACGAGUCCCGGCAGCAGCCAGCAGAUGAACGUGCUCGGCAUCGUCAUCUUCUCCGCCACCAUGGGGCUGUUGCUGGGCAGGAUGGGCGAGCGAGGAGCGCCGCUGGUCAACGUGUGCCAGUGCAUCAACGAGUGCGUCAUGAAAAUCAUCAACGCCGCCGUGUGGUACUUCCCGUUCGGCAUCAUCUUCCUGGUGGCGGGCAAGAUCCUGGACAUGCAGGACCCGAGCACGCUGGGGAAGAAGCUGGGCUGGUACGGCGUCACCGUGCUCGCCGGCCUCUUCGUGCACGGCCUGGUGCUCCUCCCCCUUUUCUACUUCCUGCUCACGAGGAAGAAUCCCUUCACGUACAUCCGUGGGCUCCUGCAGGCCCUGGUCAUCGCCCUGGCCACCUCCUCCAGCUCUGCGACGCUGCCCAUCACCAUGAAGUGUCUGCUGGAGAACUGCCACGUGGACCGCCAGAUCGCCCGCUUCGUGCUGCCCGUGGGCGCCACCAUCAACAUGGACGGCACGGCGCUCUACGAGGCGGUGGCGGCCAUCUUCAUCGCCCAGGUCAACGACUACGAGCUGGACUUCGGACAGCUGGUCACCAUCAGCAUCACCGCCACCGCCGCCAGCAUCGGCGCGGCCGGCAUCCCCCAGGCCGGCCUGGUUACCAUGGUGAUCGUGCUGACGUCCGUGGGCCUGCCCCCCGACGACAUCACCCUCAUCGUGGCCAUCGACUGGAUCCUGGACCGGUUUCGGACCAUGAUCAACGUGCUGGGCGACGCCCUGGCGGCGGGCAUCAUCGCCCACCUGUGUCGGAAGGACUUCCCCCUCAGCGGGACGGGAAAGGGCGUCCCUUCGUACGGCACGCACACCCCCCACGUCCACGCCCACAGCGUGGACGUGCCCAUGACGGAGAUCCACACGCACAAAGACGGCGACGUGGUGUUGGACGGCCACGCCCACACCGUCUACUACAACAUCUGUCAGGUGUGAGGAAACGUGGCGCCCAAAGGGGGCGGCGCCACCUUUCUCGGACAUCAAAGGGACUGUGAUUGAGGCCUCAAGUGACCUUCUCCAGGCGACUGCAUGCUGGCGUGCGUCCGCUUCCUCUCGUGCUUUACUUCCUGCUUCCUGUUGGCGACGCGUCCAUGGUGCAUUUGUUCUUUUAUUCUGAAAUUCAUUUUAUUCUGGAAGUGGACUUUCCUCAUCUUCCUUUCUCAAACAGGAAGUAGUUCUGCCUUAACCUCCGCUGCAGUCCUCACUUCAUCUGCCAAUGCACAAGAACACUCAAUCUUUUUAAGUUUUUUUAUGUAAUAUUGUGUUGAAAAACAUAAAAGUCUUCAUAUAAUUUAAAAAAAUAUAUUUUUAUCAAUUUUUACAGUGGUUCUCAAACUUUUUAAAUCUAUUUUUAGAUUUUGUUUAUGUGAUAUUGUGUAGAAAAACUUAAAAAAGUCUUCAUAUGAUUUAAAAAAAUGUUUUUAUCCUCUACAG